UAAAAGUGUGCACGUGUAAUUUUGGUGCCCUUGCAAAUCAUAUCAGUUAAUCAAAUAUACAACCUUAAGGCACCAUGUCAAAAAUUUGUUUCCACUAUUAGGUUAUUAAACUACUUCUAGGUAGUUCAUUAUUCCUUGACAAUAUGCAAUCGCAUUUAGCGGCUGCGUUGCUUGGACCAACCCCUAAUAUUAGCACAAUGACUUCUAUCAGCUCCAAUUCUACACCAUGCUCCAGUCCAUCCCCCAGGCCUGUAUCAUCCACACCCAGCCCCAUAAGUAUACCCAAUACCAAACCUUCAACUAGUAACGUUUUUCAAAAAUCACCUUCAUUAAGCUCGCCUUCAAAAAGCUCAUCCGCUAAUGUAAAAAGCUCCUCAUAUGGUUUACAUAUUCAAAAGCCUGGUGCAGGGUACCAGAAAUCUUCACACGGUGGAAGUGAAGACGGUCAUGAAAGUGAGGAAAUUGAAGACGAAGAGUCUGAAGAUAAAAUUAAAAAUACAUCCCAAAACAGCAGGACUGUUACGUUACAGAUGUUAUUAGCUGCAAACAUACUUCAACCGGGUCAAUCAACCAUGACUAUAGAAUAUUUGGGUCAAAAGUUUGUUGGUGAUUUACAAGCCGAUGGCAAAAUUAAGUCACAAGAAACAGAAACAAUAUUUUGUUCACCCAGUGCUUGGGCAAUUCAUUGCAAACGAAUAAUAAACCCUGAUAAGAAGUCUGGUUGUGGAUGGGCAUCGGUUAAAUAUAAAGGACGUAAACUUGAUGCAUAUAAAGCACAAUGGUUAAGGAAAUGCCAACAGCAAUUGCAACAACAAAGAGAUUCUACACCGAGUGAAGAAGAUGUUGAGGAUACCGUUCCAAAAAUCAUAGAGCCUGAAAUACCUAGCAAAAGAGUUGUAGUUAAACACAAUACAAUUAACAACAGAAUGGUGAUACAUGAUGACAAUACACUAGUAGAGUGUGUGUCUUUUCAAAGCAUUGGAAAACUACAACCGUUUUUAAUAUCAAUAAAUUCAAACACACAGUUAUUGAUGGAUUUUCAUUGCCAUCUAACGACAACAGAAGUUUGUGGUUAUCUUGGAGGGACAUGGGAUGUUAAUUCACAUAAUUUAAUUAUAACACACGCCUACCCCUGUCUAAAUUCCAAACAUGAUAGAGAAAAUGCAACCAAGGUGGAACUUGAAAUUCAGCAAAGAAUGCGUAAAAAAAAUCUGUUGCUGGUCGGAUGGUAUCACAGCCAUCCUAAAACUGCUGCAAUGCCCACAUUGCGUGACUGCGAUGCCCAAUUGCAGUAUCAGAUUAAAAUGAAAGGACCUAGUGACUCUACAUACAGUCCCUGCGUUGGCAUGAUUUGCUCUCCUUAUAAUGUGGACAACCCAUCACUCGAGAGUGAUAUCACUUGCUACUGGGUGACACCGCCUCCUGAAAAUAGGCCUAACGAGUACAGUAGGCCUAUGCAAAUGCUGUACACAAUUUCCAAGGACACUCAUCUAUCUCCCGAAACCAUGGACGAAAUGAAAAUGUGUGUUAAGUAUUACAACUCAUUCAAUUGUCUUGUUAAUUUUUACGAUCAAUUUAACGAAGAACGGUUGAACAUUGAUAAACUGAAGUACUCAUUGUAUACAAAAUUCUCAAAGGAUCAAAGUAGCGAAACGUUGUGGAAUUUUAUAAAGGAUAUAUUGGGUUAUACGGGUAGUGAUAGUUUUGAUGUUGCUGCAAAAAUAGAUGCAAGUGAAAAUACACCAGUUGUACCACCGGUGUUAAAUUUACCGAUAAGUGUUUCCUCGCAAAUUAAUAUACCGUCGGGGUUGAGUGUAAGUGCUGUACCUACUACAUCAUCCAGUAGUAGUAGUAAAUAUGAUUUAAAUAUACCGUCAGGCAAACUGCCUUUAGAUACAUCCAUAAGUAGUUUGUUGUCAUCAAAUACGUUAGCAGCUAGUUUAUCAAAUAUUUCAAAUAAAAUGCCUUUGAGUGCGUCAAAUGCAAGUCUGCCAUCAAACUUGUCGGUUAACAACUUGGCAGCAAGUCUUGCUGCGACAAUGCCUUCGGCUUUAACAGGGAAUUUACUUUUAAAUUCACCAGACUUGGCUAAUGUUUUGUUUCCAACAGGCAAGUUUCCUAAUACAAGUUCUUUGUUGGGUUUACCCGACCCAAUGUCUAAAUCUACAUUGGCUGCAAAUAAUAUGUUUUUAUCACCGUCUUUGUUGAAGAUGCAGGAUAGUUUUAAUUUUUUGAAACCCCAAGGAAAUUCCCACACAUCCAGAUCGGACUUCAAAACAUCUCCUAUUAAAGUCCCACACGAUUUAAACAUAACCAAAUCAUCUAAAUACGACUAUCAACCCCCAAUGAGUGGUAAAUACGAUUACCACGCCCUAGAUGCCCAGUUUAAAAAACCCAAUAUCGACUUCAAAGCUUCUGAUUUAUCAAUUUCCAGUGUCAAAACACCUCCCAUGAAAACCGACUACACCGAUUACAAUAUUGGUGAUAAUUUAUUAAAUUUUAAAGCACCUCGAGCAGAUGCUUUUAAACAACCCUUAGGUAUGUCCUCGACAAAAAAGAAGUCCGAUUUUUCCGUUGCCGAAUUGGCGAGUACCCCGAGUAAAAUCAGUAAAAUGGAUUUUCCUAUGCUGGAUUUGACUAUGAGUUCGGGGGCUUCGAUGAAUUUAAAAACAAGCUAUGUAGAUAGUUUGGCUAAUUUUAGUGAUAACAUUUUGAAUAAUUUAAGCUCUUCUGCACAAAAUCGUGAUAUGAUUUUAAAUGCUAAUUUGAACAGUGGUAGUACGGAUGGAUCUUCGUUAAAUUUAAAUACGAAAGAUCGCAUGUAUUAA